CUCCCCGUGCCGGUGCCUUCCUGCGGGCGGAGGAAGCUGCGUGGCCAUGGAGCUGCCCCCGGCACAGUUCCCAUCCCGCCGGGCCGCGGCCGUGGCCGUGGCGUUCCUGCGGUACCGGCGGGGCGGCCCCGCGCGGGCGCUGCGGCUGCGGGAGCUGCGCCGGGCGCGCACCGAGGACAUCAAGGAUGUUGGGCACAAGUACUACCUGGAACUGGAGCUGGAAGAUGUCCUGGACAAAGACAGUACUGUUAACUGCACUGCUGAGGUUCUGUAUCAUCUGGGCAACAAAAACAUUGCUCCAGAUGUGCAGUUCACACUUGAAGGAGAACUAAAGAGCACAGAGGAAGCAGAUCACGUGUUCUACACUCGAAUCAGGAGCCUGGAAAAAGAGCUUGUGGCAGAGAACAUUCCAGACAGCCAUGGCCACGUGCCCCCAGAGCUGGAGCCCCUCCACCUGCUCGCCUGGGUCGCCUCAGGGUACCUGGUGUGGCAGAAUUCCACAGAAAACACCCAGCUCCAGCUGGCCCAGAUCAAACAUGUGAAGCAGGUGAGGAGAAGUGAUGAAUAUCUGCAGUUUGACUACCUGGUUCUACUGCACGAAAUGGUGUCCCAGGUAAAUACUGGAUUUCUAAAAAGCCUUUUUUGUUGCUGUUUGAAGCCUGGCAGCUCUGCAGCCUCCAGCUCAGGCACACAGAUGGUGGGGUGGACACAGAGGGUGAGGGUGAGGUCAGGGCCACCUUCUCUGUCCAUCCCAGCAUUCCAGGACACAACAGCAGCAAUUUCCAGCUGUUUCUGGGCUUUCUUGGGAAUGGCUGAGGUUCAAAACACUGGUGGCUUCACAGCUUUUUCCUCCUGGGAGAUCCCAGUGCCAAACUGGCUGGGGAUCAAGGGAAGAAGCGGCAUCCUGGAGUGCUCAGCAGAAUUCCAGGGGGCUGGGAAUGCUCCCAUGCCAGAGGACAGCACUGGUGCCCAGCACAGAGACCUCACCCAUCCCAGUUAUCCCAGCACAGACUGGUUCCCAGCAGAGUAUUCACACUUGGAGCCAUUCCCCAUCAUAAUUCUGUGAUCUGAGCAAGUGUUUUCAUAAGGAAAACACAGAAAAUGUGAGAGAGAAGUUCCUGAUUGUGCAACCUCCUGGAAAACCCACCCAGGGAUCUCCCUCCCAGCUCCAGCUCCGCUGCUUCCAACCCCUGCACUCUCAAGUUUUAAAUUAACAGAAUUCUAUGGAUUCUCCCAGUUUUUCUGUGUGUUUGGAGAAGAUAUACUGUGAGUUAAGAGUAACUCCUAAGGUGAUGUUCAGCUUUAAAUUUAAGCCAAGGUCAGCUUUAAAUUCAAAUUUAAACCAAGGUCAGCGUUAAAUUCCAGCCAAGUUCACUCGGGGCACCUACAGUGGGUUUGGUUCCUGAGUUUUCCAUGAGGAGAAAUUCCUGACUAACCAAGAGAACAGAAGCCCAGCUUGUUCCCUGCUGUCACUCCCACAGGAGAUCAUUCCCUGGGAGAUGACAGUGCUGUGGCACCCUCGGGAUGGUGUCAGAGUGACACGGGAGAGCCGCCAGCCCGGACACACCUCGGGAUGAGGGACCCCCUGAUCCCACCUGGAAGCAGCUCCAGAGCUCCAGCAGGCAUUUGGAGGGAGGGCAGAGGAGGGGAAGGGCUGGGGAAGCAAUCAGGGUACAAAGACAUUAAACUUUUCCUGUGCCUUGGGAUUUGAUCUGAUCUUUUCUUCCCUGCUGCUUAAUCAAAUGCUGCAUCCAAAGAAAUGAGUAAAACAAUUCCCAGAGGGAAUACUCACGGCACAGGUGCAGAGAUGUUCUCCCUGAAGGCAACUUUGGGCUUCCCCGUGGUGCAAGGACAACCAUAUUCCCUCUCCAUUCGCUGCAGGAAAAAACCCAGAGUUGUUCCAUUAGAGCAAUUCUUUGGAAAUUAUUGUAUUAAUUUAAUCAGGGUUAACCAGGGGUUUUUCACUGAUUUUUGGGGUUUUUUUGUUGUUUUUUUUUUAAUGUUAUAAAUUGUUCACUGUCAUUCUGCAUCCAGCUUUGCUUAAGAUCUACACAGGGAAAGGGAACAGCAUUAAUUUUUCUAUUAAAGUUUAAGUUUUUCAAGACAAAAGCAUCUUUUCUUCGUUCUGUCAACAUUUCAGACACAUCUCUUGUGUUAAUUAAAAUACAGACAUCAACUGGAAUGAGACUAAUCACUGUAAGUAGGUAUUCCCUUCUCCCUGCAUCAGCUUUUAAAUGGAAGGAUACAUUUAAAACACACAGAAACACAGUAUUUUUCUGUAGUAAUUAAUUAUUAUUAAUUAUUAGUUCAUUAUAAGCAAAGGCUGCUAAAGCAAAGUGUAGUGUUUAAUCCAUUUUUAUGGAUUUGAACUGAAGAAGUGAAAAUAUUCCAGGCAGAAGUUUCCUUUAAAAUGGAACCACUGGAGAGAAAGAACCUGCAGAGGUUGAUUUACAGAUAAACUCUUCCCAAAGCAGCUGGAAAGAAGAAAGAGGAGGAGGAAAAGGAAGGAGAAUUCGUGGCUGGAAAACCAGUGAAAAGCAGAGUCCAUGGAAUCUGCUUUCCCAAUUACCUGGGCAUAGAUUUCCAGGUGCAGCUCCCCCAUCCCAGAAACGAUGGUCUCCUUGCUCUCAUCAUCAAAGUGGACUCUAAAAGUGGGAUCUUCCCUCGUGAAGCGGU